GCAAGUCUUUGCUUCCACAGAUUUGCCUCUUUGCUUGUGAGUCAUGGCAGCUUCCAUGAAGGGCCAAGUGUGCGUGGUGACUGGUGCUUCCAGGGGUAUUGGGCGCGGCAUCGCCUUGCAGCUCUGCCAAGCAGGUGCCACAGUUUACAUCACUGGCCGCCAUCUGGACACGCUGCGGGUCACUGCUCAGGAGGCGCAAUCCCGAGGGGGCCGGUGUGUGCCCGUGGUGUGUGAUUCAAGCCAGGAUAGUCAAGUGCAAAGGCUGUUUGAGCAGGUGAAUGAGGAACAGGGGCGUCUGGACGUGCUGGUCAACAACGCCUGUGCUGGAAUCCAGACAAUCCUCAACAACACUAAGAAGGCGUUCUGGGAAAGCCCCGCCUCCAUUUGGGAUGAUAUGAACAACGUGGGACUGAGAGGCCACUAACUGUGCUCGGUGUAUGGGGCGCGGCUGAUGGUACCAGCUGGCCGGGGGCUCAUCGCGGUCAUCUCCGCCGUGGUAGGGCUGCAGUAUCUCUUCAACGUCCCCUAUGGCGUGGGCAAGGCUGCGUGCGACAGGCUGGCUGCUGACUGUGCCCAGGAGCUGCAGCGCUACGGGGUCAGCUGUGUGUCUCUGUGGUCAGGGGUGGUGCAGACAGAACUGCUGAAGGAGCACGUGAUGAAGGACAACACUGAGGAUCCCAUGUUUGAUCUGAUCAGAGGUCGCUUCUCGUCAGGGGAGACGACAGAAUUGAGUGGCAAAUGUGUGGUGGCUUUGGCAACAGAUCCCAAUAUCCUGAGCCUGAGUGGGAAGGUACUGCCAUCCUGUGACCUUGCUCGACGCUACGGCUUUCGGGACAUGGAUGGCCGCCCCGUCCAGGACUAUUUGUCUGUGAGUUCCGUUCUCUCCCACACCUCCAGCCUGGGCUGGCUGGCCUCCUACUUGCCCGGCUUCCUCCGGAUGCACAAGUGGAUUAUGACCCUCUACACCAGCAAGUUCUAACCCCCCUGGCUUCACGUCACAACUCUGCUCAUCUUCUCCUUGGGGCUGGGUGUUUGGGCCUGUCUCAGUGGAACAAGGCAGCUUUCCCGCCUACCACACCCCCUUGACAGGAAGAGAAGGCCUCUGAGGUGUGUGGG